CCAUAAACCUCUCUGCUCUAGGGCUUCUCCGCCCUCCGGUGAAAGCUACUGCUCGCCCCUGCAGUCACCACCUGUUCGGGCGGAACCUGCGGAGCGUGCACCUACGCCUCGGGCUCCUUUCCUCCUCCACUCCCCUUUCCUGCUGGGCACCCUGCUUUCCCUCUCCCAGAGAGGGUUUGCAACUUUUCUCCCAGGCUGGGGCUCGCCCUGCUUGGCUAACCCCCAAGAGCCACUGCCGUCCCGCAGCGCCCCUGCCCCCGAGUUGCCUGCCCCGCUGGGCCCCCGGGAGGAGCGGAGCGCGCUCACCCUUCGCCCGGGGCUGGAAGGGCGGCGAGUCGGGCGCACGCGCACCCCCUGCCCGCCCCUGGCGCCCCUCCCCGCGGGCGGUGCAGCUACCCCUGCAGCGCCUCCCCUAGCUAGAAGGGAGCGGGAGGGGGCUCCGGGCGCCGCGCAGCAGACCUGCUCCGGCCGCGCGCCUCGCCGCUGUCCUCCGGGAGCGGCAGCAGUAGCCCGGGCGGCGAGGGCUGGGGGUUCCUCGAGACUCUCAGAGGGGCGCCUCCCAUCGGCGCCCACCACCCCAACCUGUUCCUCGCGCGCCACUGCGCUGCGCCCCAGGACCCGCUGCCCAACAUGGAUUUUCUCCUGGCGCUGGUGCUGGUAUCCUCGCUCUACCUGCAGGCGGCCGCCGAGUUCGACGGAAGGUGGCCCAGGCAAAUAGUGUCAUCGAUUGGCCUAUGUCGUUAUGGUGGGAGGAUUGACUGCUGCUGGGGCUGGGCUCGCCAGUCUUGGGGACAGUGUCAGCCUUUCUACGUCUUAAGGCAGAGAAUAGCCAGGAUAAGGUGCCAGCUCAAAGCUGUGUGCCAACCACGAUGCAAACAUGGUGAAUGUAUCGGGCCAAACAAGUGCAAGUGUCAUCCUGGUUAUGCUGGAAAAACCUGUAAUCAAGACGAGCACAUCCCAGCUCCUCUUGACCAAGGCAGUGAACAGCCUCUUUUCCAACCCCUGGAUCACCAAGCCACAAGUUUGCCUUCAAGGGAUCUAAAUGAGUGUGGCCUGAAGCCCCGGCCCUGUAAGCACAGGUGCAUGAACACUUACGGCAGCUACAAGUGCUACUGUCUCAACGGAUAUAUGCUCAUGCCGGAUGGUUCCUGCUCAAGUGCCCUGACCUGCUCCAUGGCAAACUGUCAGUAUGGCUGUGAUGUUGUUAAAGGACAAAUACGGUGCCAGUGCCCAUCCCCUGGCCUGCAGCUGGCUCCUGAUGGGAGGACCUGUGUAGAUGUUGAUGAAUGUGCUGCAGGAAGGGCCUCCUGCCCUAGAUUUAGGCAAUGUGUCAACACUUUUGGGAGCUACAUCUGCAAGUGUCAUAAAGGCUUCGAUCUCAUGUAUAUUGGAGGCAAAUAUCAAUGUCAUGACAUAGACGAAUGCUCACUUGGUCAGUAUCAGUGCAGCAGCUUUGCUCGAUGUUAUAACAUACGUGGGUCCUACAAGUGCAAAUGUAAAGAAGGAUACCAGGGUGAUGGACUGACUUGUGUGUAUAUCCCAAAAGUUAUGAUUGAACCUUCAGGUCCAAUUCAUGUACCAAAGGGAAAUGGUACCAUUUUAAAGGGUGACAGAGGACAUAAUAAUUGGAUUCCUGAUGUUGGAAGUACUUGGUGGCCUCCGAAGACACCAUAUAUUCCUCCUAUCAUUACCAACAGGCCUACUUCUAAGCCAACAACAAGACCUACACCAAAGCCAACACCAAUUCCUACUCCACCACCACCACCACCCCUGCCAACAGAGCUCAGAACACUUCUACCACCUACAACCCCAGAAAGGCCAACCACCGGACUGACAACUAUAGCACCAGCUGCCAGUACACCUCCAGGAGGGAUUACAGUUGACAACAGGGUACAGACAGACCCUCAGAAACCCAGAGGAGAUGUGUUCAGUGUUCUGGUACACAGUUGUAAUUUUGACCAUGGACUUUGUGGAUGGAUCAGGGAGAAAGACAAUGACUUGCACUGGGAACCAAUCAGGGACCCAGCAGGUGGACAAUAUCUGACAGUGUCGGCAGCCAAAGCCCCAGGGGGAAAAGCUGCACGCUUGGUGCUACCUCUCGGCCGCCUCAUGCAUUCAGGGGACCUGUGCCUGUCAUUCAGGCACAAGGUGACGGGGUUGCACUCUGGCACACUCCAGGUGUUUGUGAGAAAACACGGUGCCCAUGGAGCAGCCCUGUGGGGAAGAAAUGGUGGCCAUGGCUGGAGGCAAACACAGAUCACCUUGCGAGGGGCUGACAUCAAGAGCGUCAUCUUCAAAGGUGAAAAAAGGCGUGGUCACACUGGGGAGAUUGGAUUAGAUGAUGUGAGCUUGAAAAAAGGCCACUGCUCUGAAGAACGCUAACAACUCCAGAACUAACAAUGAACUCCUAUGUUGCUCUAUCCUCUUUUUCCAAUUCUCAUCUUCUCUCCUCUUCUCCCUUUUAUCAGGCCUAGGAGAAGAGUGGGUCAUUGGGUCAGAAGGAAGUCUAUUUGGUGACCCAGGUUUUGCUGGCCUGCUUUUGUGCAAUCCCAAUGAACAGUGAUACCCUCCUUGAAAUACAGGGGCAUCGUAGACACAUCAAAGCCAUCUGUGGGUGUUGCCUUCCAUCCUGUGUCUCUUUCAGGAAGGCAUUCAGCAUGCGUGAGCCAUACUAUCCUCCAUCCUGAUUACAAGGUGCUCCUUGUAGCAAAUUAUGGGAGUGAGUUACGGGAGCAGUUUUUAAAAGAAAUCUUUGCAGAUGGCCAUGAUGUUAUGUGUUCGGUGUUGUACCAUGAGUAGUAUUGACUUCCCUUGAGAUAUGGUGUACAGUAUGCUUGUGAAAUUGACUUACCCUCUUCACUUAAGUUAGUUCUGGCCUGACCUGAACUCUGACUUUUACUGCCAUUCACUUUAUAAAAUAAGGGUGUGUAACAUAUCAAGAUACAUGUAUUUUUAUCUGUUUUUUUUUUUUUUCCUGUUAAAGACAAUUAUGUAGAGUGGGCACGUAAUCCCUCCUUAGUAGUAUUGUGUUUUGUGUAAAUGUGCUAUUGAUAUUAAGUAUUUACAUGUUCCAAAUAUUUACAGACUCUAGUUGCAAGGUAAAGGGCAGCUUGUGAUCUCAAAAAAGUACAUGGUGAAAUGUCAUCCAGUUCCAUGACCUUAUAUUGGCAGCAGUAGGAAAUUGGCAGAAGUGUUGGGUUGUGGUAACGGAGUGAUGAAUUUUUUUUUUAAUGGCCUUGAGUUUGAUCUCUGCAAAGGAUAGGAAACCUUUAGGAAGACAAGAAACUGCAGUUAAUUUAGAACUGUCACUUUCAAGUUACACUUUAAAACCACAGCUUUUACCAUCAUAACAUGGCUCUGGUAAUAUGUAGGGAGCUUUAUAAAAGUUUUGGUUGAUUCAGAAAAAGGAUCCUGUUGCAGAGUGAGAGGAAGCAUAGGGGAAACUCCAUUGGAACAGAUUUUCACACAACGUUUUAAAUUGAUAUAAGUUUAGGCAGUUGUAGUUCAUAACUUAUGUUGCUCAUGUUGUGCUGUGUCAGGAUGGGAUAGGAAGCAAGUCCCGUGCUUAGAGGCAUGGGAUGUGUUGGAACGGGAUUUACACACACUGGAGGAGCAGGGCAAGUUGGAAUUCUAAGAUCCAUGAACCCCCAACUGUAUUUCCUCCCUGCAUAUUUUACCAAUAUAUUAAAAAACAAUGUAACUUUUAAAAGGCAUCAUUCCUGAGGUUUGUCUUAAUUUCUGAUUAAGUAAUCAAAAUAUUUUCUGCUGUUUUUGCCAGGAAUCACAAAGAUGAUUAAAGGGUUGGAAAAAAAGAUCUAUGAUGAAAAAUUAAAGGAACUGGGAUUAUUGAGCCUGGAGAAGAGAAGACUGAGGGGCAAACCAUUGAUGGUUUUCAAGUAUAUGAAGGGUUGGCACAGAGAGGGUGGCGACCAGCUGUUCUCCAUAUGCACUAAGAAUAGAACAAGAGGAAACUGGCUUAGACUAGAGUAUAAGGGAGCAUUUCUUGGCAGGGGCCAUUGUUAAAUUAGAAUACUUCAUAAAAAAAGAAGUGUGAAAAUCUCAGUAUCUCUCUCUCUUUCUAAAAAAUUAGAUAAAAAUUUGUCUAUUUAAGAUGGUUAAAGAUGUUCUUACCCAAGGAAAAGUAACAAAUUAUAGAAUUUCCCAAAAGAUGUUUUGAUCCUACUAGUAGUAUGCAGUGAAAAUCUUUAGAACUAAGUAAUUUGGACAAGGCUUAAUUUAGGCAUUUCCCUCUUGACCUCCUAAUGGAGAGGGAUUGAAAGGGGAAGAGCCCACCAAAUGCUGAGCUCACUGAAAUAUCUCUCCCUUAUGGCAAUCCUAGCAGUAUUAAAGAAAAAAGGAAACUAUUUAUUCCAAAUGAGAGUAUGAUGGACAGAUAUUUUAGUAUCUCAGUAAUGUCCUAGUGUGGCGGUGGUUUUAAAUGUUUCUUCAUGGUAAAGGUAUAAGCCUUUCAUUUGUUCAAUGGAUGAUGUUUCAGAUUUUUUUUUUUUUUUUAAGAGAUCCUUCAAGGAACACAAUUCAGAGAGAUUUUCAUUGGGUGCAUUCUCUCUGCUUCGUGUGUGACAAGUUAUCUUGGCUGCGAGAAAGAGUGCCCUGCCCCACACUGGCAGACCUUUCCUUCACCUCAUCAGUAUGAUUCAGUUUCUCUUAUCAAUUGGACUCUCCCAGGUUCCACAGAACUGUAAUAUUUUUUGAACAAUAGGUACAAUAGAAGGUCUUCUGUCAUUUAACCUGGUAAAGGCAGGGCUGGAGGGGGAAAAUAAAUCAUUAAGCCUUUGAGUAACGGCAGAAUAUAUGGCUGUAGAUCCAUUUUUAAUGGUUCAUUUCCUUUAUGGUCAUAUAACUGCACAGCUGAAGAUGAAAGGGGAAAAUAAAUGAAAAUUUUACUUUUCGAUGCCAAUGAUACAUUGCACUAAACUGAUGGAAGAAGUUAUCCAAAGUACUGUAUAACAUCUUGUUUAUUAUUUAAUGUUUUCUAAAAUAAAAAAUGUUAGUGGUUUUCCAAAUGGCCUAAUAAAAACAAUUAUUUGUAAAUAAAAACACUGUUAGUAAUA